CGAAUCGAGUGGCGCGGGGUUGUGUGCCUUGCGAACCACGCUUUUCUGGAGAAGCGAUCUUUGACGGUCAUUGGCCUACAGCCUCGCUACUCGAGCCAAAUACUGAGACUUGCUCGUAAAGAGUUGGCAUUGCCAGACUACGCGGGCGCUUUGCUGACGAACAUUUCUGGUGUUGGAAAAAAGACCGACAUCGGCACGAGCUGGCUCUGGCGCGUUUGGUCCGACAUUCGCAUCAGCAUGUCUCCGGAACGAAGCGUCGGCUCGGGAACUGCUGCCGGUAUGCCAUCGCUCGGGUCAAGCCCGGUGGAAUACUCUAGCCAUGUCUGGUGGUUCCGGGUUUGCCCGAUAGUAGCAUGUGUCCCCCACCCACAAAUGCCAGAGUUGCUCAGGCGGGGCGGAAGGCUUGGGGAGAUGCCUGGAACGGAGCGGUCGGUGUUCUCCGGCGGGUGCUUGUCGGAAAUCGUCCUCGAGGUCAGACUUGAGGCCACCUGGGCAGACACUCGUGUUGGAGGAGGUCACCACCACUUGCCAGGGGCUGAAAUGGCCCGAAUAGGCUGGAUACGUCGUUUCAGACUGCAAGGACUCCCGGCCCUGGUCUUCAGGGUCUGUUCCAUUACCUCAGAGAAUGCUCAAGUGAGGGGUCCAGGGAAUGGGGGAGCACAAAACUGCAGGCACCGCAUGUGCUGUUAGAAUCACCAGCCAGUAGUUCCCACACAGAUGGGAAUAUAUGGUUCCAGUACCUAUGUCGUACGUCCGUGAUCGUUGAU